AUGGAACUUGUAGUAUUCUUAGUUGUGUUAUUAUUAUUGUGCGAGAGCGCGUUUGGGAAGCCUCAGGAAUGCAGUGAAAUACCAGAAGAACUAUUGGGCCACAUGCUGGGAUCUUCCUACAACACGCGUUACAUGAGUAUAAGAAAGCCUAUUAAUAGUAGCCAAGUGCAGGUGGGCUGCGGGAAAAGGGAAUCACCGUAUGCACCGGCUUUUUAUGUGAACGAGACUUACGCUGAAGAGUUAAGCAAUAAACCAGCUUGGACUGUAGACCACAUUGCUGAUGGUCAUCUGUAUUUGAAGAGAGAAAAACGAGCGUUCGUGAGGAGACAACGUCAGUGGACUUGCAAAUCAAAAAUCGUAUGGUUCGAUUUAGGAGUCGACUACUUUCCGCGCUUUCUGAGAUCAGUGCAUUGCAUGGGUACGCCCUGCUGGUACGGUCAUCGAACCUGUAAACCUAAACCAUUUGUCGUAAAACUGUUGAAGAGGAGACGAAAUAAUUGCAAGUAUAUUAAACCUGGCGUUAAUAUAGGCCCCAUCCGCGUGACGGGUGGCCUUUUCGAUCUGUGGAUCUGGGAGGAAAGAUACGUGAACUUCUGCUGUUUCUGCAACUAA